AUGCAGCACUACUUACUAUUACUGCUUGCUUUGAGUACAUUGGCUGCCUCGAUACAUGCAGCCGACAUAAAGAUGUUCUGUAAAUGCUUUUGUGGGUCAAACUCUACAGUGUUCGAGCUCCCAUUGCUUGAUCCAAAACCUUGCGGCAACUGUACAAAGCAAUUCUGUUUGGAUAAUGUCAAAGAUGGCAUGUGUGAUGGCAUUGCAGAUGCAACAUGUCCUAGUAACGAUUUUAAAACAGCCUGCUUUGCACGCGAUUCUUAUAAAGACGAAAUCAUUGUUCGAUCAUUUUUAAUUAUCACUAUUGGCCUGAUCCUCUUUUCGAUCAUAAAGCCAUUUGUUGACAAGUGGCAAAAGGAACGUGCUACCAGACAGCAAUAUAGCACUGUUUCAGCUGUUGAGCAAUAG